GCGGGCUCACGGCCGCCGCCGCCCCCCGGGCCGCUGCUCGCCUCGCAGAGAUGCCCCGGACGGUGCUGCUGCUCUGCCUGGCCCUCGGGCCGGUCCUGCGCGCCAGGUGUGAGAGCACAGAGGAAUAUGAUUAUGAUUACCUCAGCAUCAAUAAAACCUGGGUCCUCACGCCCAAGGCACAGGAGACCGAUGCCACGCAGAUCCUCAACUCGCUGCUCAAGAACUAUGACAACAAGCUGAGGCCUGACAUUGGCAUCAAGCCCACGUUCAUUGAUGUGGAUAUCUACGUGAACAGCAUCGGGCCCGUGUCUGUCAUCCAGAUGGAAUACACCAUUGACAUCUUCUUUGCUCAGACGUGGUACGACCGGCGCCUGCGCUUCAACAGCACCUUGAAGGCGCUGACGCUGAACACCAACAUGGUGAGCCGCAUCUGGAUCCCUGACACCUUCUUUAGGAACUCCAAACGGGCUGAUUCCCACUGGAUAACCACUCCUAAUCAGCUCCUCCGCAUCUGGAAUGAUGGAAAAGUGCUCUACACCCUCAGGCUGACAAUCGAGGCUGAAUGUCUGCUCCAGCUGCAGAAUUUCCCAAUGGACACCCACUCCUGCCCUUUGGUUUUUUCCAGUUAUGGAUACCCUCGGGAGGAGAUUGUCUAUCGCUGGAGACGCUACUCCAUCGAGGUCUCUGACCAGCGCACCUGGAGGCUCUACCAGUUCGACUUCACGGGGCUGAGGAACACCUCGGAAGUCCUCAGGACUGGGGCAGGGGAGUACAUGGUGAUGACAGUGUCUUUUGACCUAAGCAGACGUAUGGGUUACUUUGCCAUUCAGACCUACAUUCCCUGCAUCCUGACUGUUGUUCUUUCCUGGGUUUCCUUCUGGAUCAAGAGAGACUCCACGCCAGCCAGGACAUCUCUGGGUAUCACGACUGUGCUCACCAUGACCACCCUGAGCACCAUCUCCCGCAAGCACCUCCCCCGUGUUUCCUACAUCACAGCCAUGGACCUCUUCGUCUCUGUGUGCUUCAUCUUCGUCUUCGCCGCUCUCAUGGAGUACGCCACGCUCAACUACCUGGUGGGAAACAAGAAACCGCUGGAGCACAGCCACAGGAAAGCCAGGCUGCCACCUGCCGGGGCACAGGUGAUGCCAACCUUCACCACCAUCAACAUCAACCACAUCAUGCACUGGCCCCCGGAGAUAGAGGAGGAUGAGGAUGAUGACCCCGGCUCCCCAUGCCUGGAGGGAAAGGAAUGUGAGAGGUUCUUUUGCUGCAUCGAGGACUGCCAGACGGGAAUGUGGCGGGAGGGGAGGGUCCGCAUCCACAUAUCCCGCCUGGACUCCUACUCCCGCGUCUUCUUCCCCACCGCCUUCCUGCUCUUCAACAUCGUCUACUGGAUUGCUUAUCUCUAUCUCUAGCCCUUCUUUGUCCUCAGCUGGGACGAACUGGGCACCAGCAAGAGGGGCUUCUCAAGGAGCACAGAUAGAGAACAGCGUCUCUCCUGUUGUAGUCAGCUGUCAGUCUGAACAACCCAACCUGGUGAUUCCCUCUUCCUGCUCUCUCAUCUCUUCUGAGAAGAACCAAACAGCUUUUUUUUAGCCUUCUAACAUAUCUUUUUAGAGAAUCUACCCUUCCCCAGACAACCUUCUCUCCAACACCACCAGCACUGUACUCCUUGUAAGAUUACCCAAAAACAUCCUAUUCCCAUCUCAGGCAUUAGGGAUUUUGUCAAAAACAAAAACCUUAAUGCGUUUCAUUGUUCCAUCCAAUCCUACUCUGAAAUUUCAAGGGAAGUGACAGCAAAUGGAGUUUUCUGCAUAAUUAUUAAGACUGCAAAGGAAAUAAAAUACAUCUUAGGACUUCUGCACCACUUCCACCAGAACGGACUUUGUGGGGUGCUAGAAGCCCAGAAAGGUCAGAAGGAAAUAGUGUGGAACAGGACAGCAGUGCAGCUUUCCCACAGUAGCUGGGUUUGGCUAAAACGUUUUGGGCCUGCCCAGACAUCUGAUGGUGGCACUGACGAGGAUGAAGUUGCUGCAAGCCUCCCCCAGCUCCCCGCAGAGUCUCUAUGAAGCAUUCCUCACGGAUCACUCCAGGACACCCACCCACUGAGGCACUGCUGAUUGCCAUCAGAUGCUGAUGAAAAGCACUUCACAAGCUGGAAGGGCCCACCUGCCUUACUGGAGCAGACUCUUCAGGGCCCACGGUGACAUUCCUGCUGUGUGACCAGGACUCGGAGCAGGCUCUGCACAGCCAAAAGAGGGAGGAAGUCCUGGUGAGAAAGGCCAGGAGAAGCCUCCUGAGCCUGUUGUGAGGUGGUUUUCUUCGGGCUGUGAAUCAGAGGGGCAGUGCUGUCCCACGCAGUGACUCUCAUUGAUGCCACCAGAUCUGCGCUGGGUCGUCGGAGCCAACCUGAGG